AUGAGCGAAGACAUGUCGGCACUUGGAGCAGCAGCCGUUGAUCUCCUUCAUAUCGAUAGCAGCCAGGGCCACGGCACCCUCCGCGGCCAUAACAACAACAAGAUUAAGGUUUGCUGCGGCGGGGACGGUGAGGACUCCGAUUACUUUCCGGCAACCCUGCGGGAAGCGUCGGUAUGGCUGGCGGAGGUCGCGGAAGACGCUGCAUCUCCGGAAGCGGCUGCAAGCGUGGGAAAUCCAUAUUUAUCAGAUCUGGUUUCGCCGUACACCGGACAGUCGCGCAAGACGCGCUUCUCAUCUCCAAUAUGGCUCUUUCAGCGCCGCAGCAAGGGCAUACCUGCUCCUCCCUAG